GACGACGCGUGGCACCUUAACGCUUUGACAAACACCGCUGCUCGCUUUUAGGAGAGAAUAAUAGUGAUAAUUGUUGUUGUUAUUAUUAUAGUAUUUAUUUGUCUAUUCAGCUCGUGCCGGCGCUGCGGACAGUCCGGUGGCUUCGCACGAGGAUUGCACUGGUUUCGGUUUAACGAAGUAGGUCGGUGUCGUUAGCAUUAUCCCAGUGAGCAGGUUGGGUUGAAACGAGCAGAACGUGUCUUCAACAUGGUUUUCUUCACCUGCAACGCCUGUGGGGAAUCCCUGAAAAAGGCCCAGGUCGAGAAACACGUGGGCAUGUGCCGGGGUUGCCAGGUCCUGUCAUGCAUCGAUUGUGGAAAGGAUUUCUGUGGUGAAGACUACAAGAACCACGUCAAAUGUAUCAGUGAAGACCAGAAGUACGGAGGGAAAGGCUUCGAGGCCAAGGCAAACAAAGGAGAUGUGAAGCAGCAGCAGUGGCUCCAGAGAGUCCAGGACGCCAUAAACAAACCUGGAGUCAGUGCGAAGCUGAAGGGGGUCCUCCAGCAAGUCGGUUCAUAUGAUAAUGUCCCGAGAAAGAAGGCAAAGUUUCAGAACUGGAUGAAAAACAGCCUUAAAAUAUCUAACACCAGUCUUCACGAUGAAGUGUGGGACAUCUUUGCUGCAGGUGACACUCCUCCCGAGGCCCCAGGGGAGACUAAAGAACCCGAGCAGACGGCGGCGGAAGUCAAAGCGGAGUCCAACGGAAAGGAAAAGCCGAAGAACGGCCUUCAAGACGACGAGAAGAAGAAGAAACUGAACAAACGCGAGCGCAAAGAGGCCCGUCAGCAGAAGAGCGGGAAGGCCGUUAAAGGUGCCGAUAAGGCGGCGGCGGCGGCACAGGAGCCGGGAGAAGGCAAAACAAAAAAGAAGGACCGGAAGAGAAAACACGCCUCUGAAGAAGACGAAGAGCAGAACGGUGCCGACGAUGAGAAAUCCAGCAAAAAGUCCAAGACGAUUGACCAAGAGGAUGCUGACACGUCGGUGGUGACUGAGGAUCAACAAGUUCCCAAAGGCAAAUUCAACUGGAAGGGAAACAUCAAGGCGGUCCUGAGAGAGUCCGCUGACCAGGAACUGCAAGUAAAGAAACUGAGGAAGAAGGUCGUGGCAGCGUACUACUCUUUCACCGGUGAUGGGAACUUUAGAAAGGAGGAGGAGGUGCUCGCACUUUUCAACAAGAAGAUCAGCAACAACCCCACAUUUAGAGUCUUGAAGGACCGAGUGAGGCUCGUGAAGUAGAAAGUAGUCGCCAUGUUUAUCUCCCCCCCGUCUGGUAUAAAAUGUACGUUCAUAGACUUUUAAAAAUGUAAAAGCCAUCGUUGUCUGUCAUCCACAUUCGGAUGUUUUUGUUGCACAGAUGACCUGAUAAUGGAAGAUUAAAUCAUUUUAUAACCGAA